AUGUUAGCGAUCGGGCAGAUGGAGGCUAACCGGCAGAGUGCUUUCGUCCUGGGCAGCACCCCGCUGGCGGCGUUGCACAACAUGACCGAGAUGAAGACGUCCCUGUUCCCGUACUCGCUGCAGCAGGGCCCCGGGGGCUUCAAGGCGCCUUCGCUGUGCAACCUCAACUCCCACCUCGCCUUAGGAACUCCGCACGGAAUAAGCGACAUCUUGGGGAGACCCAUCACCUCAGCCGGGCAGCUGCUGUCCGGCUUCCCGAGGAUAAACGGCCUGACCACCACCGCAGCCGCCGCGGCGGCGGCAGGAAUGUACUUCAGCCCCGCGGUGUCGCGGUACCCGAAGCCCCUGGCCGAGCUGCCGGGGAGGGCGCCCAUCUUCUGGCCCGGGGUGAUGCAGGGCAAUCCCUGGAGGGACCCGCGGAUCCACUGUCCCUCCCAGGCCAGCCUCAUGAUGGACAAGGACGGGAAGAAGAAGCACUCCAGACCCACUUUUUCCGGGCAGCAGAUUUUCGCCCUGGAGAAGACCUUCGAGCAGACCAAGUACCUGGCGGGUCCGGAGAGAGCCCGCCUGGCUUAUUCUUUAGGGAUGACCGAGAGCCAAGUCAAGGUCUGGUUCCAGAACAGGAGAACCAAAUGGCGGAAGAGGCACGCGGCGGAGAUGGCCACGGCCAAGAAGAAGCACGACUCGGAGACGGAGAAGAUGAAGGAGAGCUCGGACAACGAGGAGGACGACGAGUACAACAAACCGCUGGACCCCAACUCGGACGACGAGAAAAUCACGAGACUGUUGAAAAAGCACAAGGCCACCAACCUGGCGCUGAUCAGCCCGUGCAGCAACAGCUCGGACACCUUGUGA